AUGACCUUCACCUUCAUGGCCCUGCUCUGUCUGGGACUGACUCUGGGCCUGGGGAUCCCAAUGCUGGCAGGGGCCGUCCCUAAGCCUAUCCUCACAGUACAGCCAGACUCUGUGGUCUACAAGCAGACUACAGUGACCUUCAUGUGUGUGGGGACCACAGGAGCCAAAGAAUACAGACUCUAUAAAGAGGAAAACCAAAAACUAAAGCACACAGUUUCACAAAAUCCUAAGAACAAGGCAGAAUUCUCAAUCUCCGAAAUAGACCAAAAACAUGCAGGACGAUAUCGCUGUCAAUAUCAGAUCUAUGAUGGAUGGUGGUCAGAGUACAGUGACUCCCUGGAGCUGGUGGUGACAGGAAUCUACAGUAAACCCAGUCUGUCAGCUCAGUCCAGCCCUGUGGUGACUGAAGGAGGGACUGUCACCCUCCAGUGUGUCUCAGGGCAGUCAUAUCACAGUUUUGUUCUGAUGAAGGAAGGACCUCAGAAGCUCUCCUGGAUGCUGGACUCACAGUAUAACCGCCAUACUAGACAGUUCCAGGCCCUGUUCUCUGUGGGCCCUGUGACCUCCAGCCAAAGGUGGACAUUCAGAAGCUACAGCUUUAACAGGAACAGCCCACAGGUGUGGUCAGAACCUAGUGAUCCCCUGGAGCUCCUGUUCUCAGGUGACCUCCACAAACCCACCAUCAAGGCUGAGCCAGGCUUUGUGGUCACUUACACAAGUGUUGUGACCAUCUGGUGUGAGGGGACCCUGGAUGCAGAAAUAUGUUUUCUGCAUAAAAAGGGAAGACAGAAACCCUGGAGCACACAGACCCCAGAGAAACCUGAGAACAAGGCCAAGUUCUCCAUCCCUUCUGUGACACAGCAACAUGGGGGACAAUAUCGCUGUUACUGUUACAGCUCAGCUGGCUGGUCAGAGCACAGUGACACCCUGGAACUGGUGGUGACAGGAAUCCACUACAACAAACCCAGACUGUCAGUCCUACCCAGCGCUGUGGUGACUUUAGGACAGAACAUGACCCUCCAGUGUGUCUCCAAGGAGGAAUAUGUUCUCACCAAGAAAGAUCAGAUGCUCCUCAGCUCUCAGAACUCACAGUUUAUACCCAGUACUAGGCAGUGGCAAGCCUUGUUCUCUAUAGAUCAUGUAACACCAGACCACAGAGGAACAUUCAGAUGUUAUGGUUACUACAACCAUACCCCACAGUUGUGGUCAGUACCUAGUGAGCUCCUGGAAAUAAACAUCUCAGGUGAGUCAGCCCCAUCAUUGAUCAAUCAAUUUUUGACACCCUCAGCCAAGGUGAGGUGA